CGGUAGGCCAUUUGCCAAUCACUUGAGUCCGAAACUCACUCGGUCAGCUUGAAACGUUAGCAUUCAUGGCGGCGAACAGGUCUACGACUCACUUUGAGUCUCACUAAAAGUUUCGCCUCACCUGUCUGAGAUGCUCCGUGUACGUACAUAAAGGCCAUACACACAUCCUAUAGUACAAGGCAUAAACUCACAUUCAACUUCUCGCAUCACCUAUCCACGCCAUCUUGAGAUCAUCAAAGCAACCAGAACAGAUGAACAGCAGAGGUGCACAGGAGAAAAUGGCUGCAAGAAAGCGGAAGAGACCUCGGCCGGUCGCCGAACCCGACCAAGAUAUGGACGAUGGCCAUGAUCAUGUAUCCGGCACUUUGACAACUUCGCAUGCGGUGCAGCCUGAUACGGCCACUCAACCCGACCGACCUGCGCGCAGCACCUCACCUGUGCAGCAUAAUCCAAACGAAUCAAUCCUACCUCCCGAUGUUGCCAACAAUGACCACGAUCCAAUGUCCACCUCAUCUGAGAAGUUCUACCUGUUGCGUACGUUCCCCUCUGGCGAAGUAGAGGUCUACCCCAUCACGGAGAGUCGCGGCCGGCGCCUUAUAUCGACCAAGACACCCAUCCCUGUUAUGCUAUCGACUCUCGUUCGUUCCGAGCCGGCAUUGCCUCUCCAUCCCACAUCGCCGCUCAUGGUACAAUCUCCACCGCCGCUCGUGCCACAGCCCCCACCCUCGCCUGAGGUACAACCCCAAUCGGCGACCAAGCCCUCGCAAGCUGAGAAUCAACCCGGGGGCCCAAGCAAGUGGGUGAUGGUUGGGCGACGGUUGGUACAGCUGAAUCAGGCGAGGACAGAUUCGCUCAACCGGAUGCUUGGCAUUCCGCUGCCCACGGUGCCAGAGAACGGAGAUUUGGAUGACGACGAACCUGUGAGGAAGCGGCAGAAGCGUCAGUAGGUGGAAGCAUCGGAUAACUUGGAAGAGAAGCCUACAGAGAGGAUGAGAUUGAUUUCUUUAUUUGUAAUUGGCAGGAGAGUGGGAUGAUGUAGACUAGCAUGGCCAGACCAACCUGACAACACCACUUCCAUAGACGCGAAAUCAAUGAGAUGAGUAUACCCUGAUGUCUCCGUUCACAGCAUGAUCACAGUCGACGAUAGGGUGGUUUCGUUUAUGCCUCUCU